GCAACCUCUGUGGGAAACGAUCGCAAGAACGAAACACAAGUGGAGCUCAGCACAUCGCAGAGAUUUGUUCCCUGGAAUGAAACGUUUUGCGGCCUGUUUCGCCUCGGCUGAAGUCGCUUUCAGAAUGACGACGAUGUAAAACCCGGUGGCUGCGUUUGGCCCGAAUCGUUAAUGAAUUCAAGGGAAUACAUAUCUGAGUCUUGAAUGAGUCCUGUUGGCUGCAGAUCCCCGAGCAGUGACCGUUUUGGGGCAGCAGCUGAGAGUGACCGAGGGCGACGGACAACACGGCAGCGACGUUAUUUGCUAUCCCGCUCAGCAUGAACCUCAUCGGGGGCUACCAGCAUCACCACCACCUGAUGCACGAACCCUUCCCUUUCGUCCAGCGGUGUCACCAGGAUGCGCCGUACUUCCAGAGCUGGGUGGUGAACCACGGCGAGGUUCCCCCGGACUUCCAGAUCCAGGCGCCCUACCCGGCCGCGGAGCUUGGGGCGCCCGGAGCGACGCACGACAGCCGGCUAGAGGGGCUCCAAGCGGGUGUGGGGAAGAGGAGAGCGUCGGGGCCGAAGAAGGAGCGCCGGAGGACUGAGAGUAUCAACACAGCUUUCGCCGAGCUGAGGGAGUGCAUCCCCAACGUCCCGGCGGACACAAAACUGUCUAAAAUUAAAACUUUGCGCCUGGCGACCAGUUACAUCGCCUACCUGAUGGACGUCCUGGCCAAAGACUCCGGGGAGACGGAGGGCUUUAAGGCAGAAAUUAAGAAAUUUGAAAACCGGGAUCUGAAAAGGAAAAGAGAGCUGACCGACGGCCUGCAGGACUCUUUAGGAGCCGAGAAGAAAGUGAAGGGCCGGACCGGGUGGCCGCAGCAGGUCUGGGCUCUGGAGCUCAACCAGUGACCCUCCCUCUGUCCUUCCUCCUCCUCCUCAUCCCCAAAACCUCUUCAGAGACUCUGGAUUCAAAUCCGCUAAAAACCACUGACUAACUGAACCUGAACACACCGCUGUGCACAUGCGCAAUGAUGAGCAAAAAGCGAGAGAAUUAAAGAAAAAAGACGUAAACAACAAGGUGAACGGUGGAGGAAGACACCGCGGCGGACACGGUGUAGUUUCAGAGUCGACUCACAAAUCUGAGUGUAGGUGUUUGAUAUUUGUGGUAUUUCUGCUUUUUGAUGUUUCCACCCUCCAGUACUGUGGACCAGAUGUUGACAUGGUGUAAAAAAUCAAAAACAACAAAAACAACUGUCUCCCCCCAGAAAUGUGCCGAUCCGUUGUGUGGUGGUGUUUCCCACAUCUGAUGGCGCUCAGAACAGAAAAAUAAAAAACGCAGUAAAUAUAGUGUAGGUUGUAGUCUGAUAUGUAUACACAUACAUACAUAACAUAUAAAACCACAAAGCAAAGCUACAAAAAUGAAAUGAUUUGCUAUGUUAAUUUAAUUGUACCUGACUUUGCAGCGCGUAAAAAACUGCCCGGUGCGGAAAUGUGUCACAGUCGCGCCGGCGGCAGGUUUCACUAUUUAUUUUAAAUCUUAAUUGUUUGGCAGAUUUUUAGCCAAUCAGAAAGCAGUUAUGACGCUCGGUUAUCUUAAGUCUUAAUUGUGUUUCAUUAAGUUUAAUACAGAAACACGUGUGGCAUCAGUUUAAUGUCUGCUUUUCUUUCUUUCUUUCUUUCUUUUUUUGCCGUGUGUUCCCAGCGUGCUGCAGUUGUUUUAAUGCCAAAGAGAAAUUAAAUUAUCAUGAGGGAAAAUAUUUUUGCAUGUUUCUUGCUAUUUUUUUCUGGCCUGAAAGUCUCUAUCGUUUCUAAAUUUUCAACCAUAAUAAGGAAAAAAGUACUGAAAGAAAAACAUGAUAAAUAAAAAUAUAAAAAAAAGAUUUUUUAAAUCAGUAAUUAAUUAACCGAUCAGUUAAUAAAAACCUGACAAUGACAGGCAAACUAAUAACUGAAUAUGAAUGUCGACCAUCUUCUCUGAUGCUAUGACAUGAAAAUAGAAAAAUAAAAUCAGGAUCAGAAAUGUUUUCCAGUGGAAACACAUUUUGAGGGGAGACAGUUCGUUUUUGGUCACAGUUUCAUCCCAUUGAAUUUGGCGCAGUCCGAAUAUUUAAAUAUAUAUAUAAAUAUAUUAUUAAUCCAGUUUUCCCUGUUAGAUAUCCAAGGAAAGACUCAGAUGGAGCCCUGACCGUAAACUCUCCAGGCUGUUGUUGUUUCUUGUAGAAAAUGACUGAAUAUACUGAACUGAAUCUACCUCAGAAUUAAUGUCACUGUCCGGUUUGAGAAGAGGAAAACAUUUAGACUGAGACACCGAAUGUUCAGUUAACGCACAGCUUUCACCCCGACAUGUAAAACACGAAAACAAAAAGGGAGGAAACUUUGAUUAUUGUGCGAAAUGUUGAUGGAAAUGUACAUUAGAUGUGAAGUUAUAUAUAGUUCCGUAAAUAAAUGAAUUAUUU